AUGUUAGUCAUCAUCUUUUUUAGGCCACUUGGGCUCCACUUGCGUCUUCAAGCUAUAGCCGCUUUUAAGCUUCACCAGCAGCAACAAAGACAAUACCAACAAGCCCAGCUGAAAUAUUAUCGGUUUCAAUCACAUUCCCCUGCCCAUCGACAGCCGACUCAAAUGAAUCGUUGUAGGCCGAUCAUUGCUAUCCGAAGGCCUACUGGAGACGCCCCGACCCUUGUGUCUACCGGCCAGCCAUCGCUCAGACGACAGACAACAGCUGCUUUGGCAUCAGAAGCCCAGUCCCAAGCUAUCGCCACUGCAGCCGCCAGACUCGCCGCCGCCGCAAUUUAUCGACAGGCAAUGCUAGCCAAUGCUGCUGCAAAUGCCUCUGCAUCCAACCAAAUCGGAACAAUUCCAACAAGGAGGUCUGAAUCAAGUUCCAUAACUGCUGAUACUAAUAUUACUGCCAUUGCUGGCCCACAAGGAGCACAGACCCGUAUGCAGACUGCGGAAUUGCCUAUUGCUGCUACGGCAGCAGCCACAUUAGCUACGAUGCAGCUGCGGCUAGCCAUUGAACAGCAGUUGCAUCAGCUCACGGAUCAGACACAGCAGGCAGCCUUUCUUCUCAUUCUCCAACAAUUGGCCACUAGUCAAUUGAAGCAACAGCAACAACUAUCUCGUCAGCAGCGCCACCAUUUAAUUCACAACCAAAAGCAUUUAUCUGCAGGAAAAAGCACUCAAUCGGAUUCGCAGCCAGCUGGGCCCAUUCCUAAGAGCUUCGUGGCUAGAAUGGCUCAGGGUAGUGAUUAUUUCUAA